CCCUAGAGGUGACGACUUCACUGCACCGUGAAACCACAAAUUUGCGGACGAAGCUGAGCUGAAAAACUGCAGUUUUUUAUCCUGAGAAGAGAACGAUUUAGCGCCGACGACCAUGAGCGGAGACGAUCCGGAGGCCUAUCUCCGUCCCUCGCGCGAGAGGGAUACCAUCGAUCAGACGCGCAUGUUCGACUCCAAGAAAUGGACCUGGAUACCCGACGAAGAAGAGGGUUUCAAGUGUGCCACCGUCAAGUCGCAAAAGGGCGAGCGACUUGUCGUUGAGCUGGACGAUGGACAGGAGGUGGAGGUGGACCUGAAUGCCACACAGCAGAUGAACCCGCCAAAGUUUGAGAAGAUUGAGGACAUGGCAGGUCUGACGUACCUCAACGAGGCCAGCGUCCUACACAACCUCCGCCAGAGAUACUACUCCAGCCUCAUCUACACCUAUUCGGGGCUGUUUUGUGUGGCAGUCAACCCCUAUCGCAUGCUGCCCAUCUACUCCAACAAUGUGGUCAACAUGUACCGCGGAAGAGGAAACCUGAGAUGGCUCCCCACGUAUUUGCCAUCGCUGACAAUGCCUACAGAGACAUGCUCCAAGAUCGCGAGAACCAGUCCAUUCUGAUCACGGGAGAGUCUGGUGCAGGAAAGACUGAGAACACCAAGAAAGUCAUCCAGUACUUUGCCACCAUCGCUCCAAAUCCCACCACCACCAAACACACCAACCUGGAGGAGCAGGUAAUUCAGGCUAAUCCGGUUCUGGAGGCCUUUGGAAAUGCCAAGACCAUCAGGAAUGACAACUCUUCUCGUUUUGGAAAGUUCAUCCGAAUUCACUUCGGACCUCAGGGCAAGAUUGCAGGAGCUGACAUUGAGUUUUACCUGCUGGAGAAGUCGAGGGUGAUCCACCAGCAACACGGAGAGAGAUGCUACCACAUCUUCUACCAACUGCUGGCCGGAGGCUCACAAGAACUUCUCAAUGACCUUCUGCUGACGCGGCAAGUCAAGAGCUACAACUUUCUCGCCAACAGCGAGGUGACCGUUGACAACGUGGAUGAUGCAAAGGAGUUCAACUUCACCAAGGAAGCAAUGGUGACCCUGGGGUUCACUGACGAAGAGCAAAUGUCCAUGUUCAAGACCAUCUCGGGAAUCCUUCACUUCGGCAACAUUGAAGUGAAGCAGCGCCCCAGGGAAGAGUGGGCUACCAUCCCCAACACCACUGAGGCUGAAAAGGUGGCUCAUCUGCUGGGCAUGCAGGCCCCAGACCUGAUGAAGGCACUCAUCAAGCCCAGGAUCCGAGUCGGAAACGAGUACGUCCAGCAGGGCAGGAACCAAGAACAGGUUCGAUUUUCCAUCGGUGCUCUGUCAAAGGCCAUGUACCAGAGGAUGUUCAAGUGGCUUGUCACCAGAAUCAACAAAACCCUCGACACAAAAGCUCGAAGAAACUUCUUCAUCGGUGUUCUCGACAUCGCUGGCUUUGAGAUCUUCCAGGUGAACUCGUUCGAGCAGCUCUGCAUCAAUCUGACCAACGAGAAACUGCAACAGUUCUUCAACCACCACAUGUUUGUGCUGGAGCAAGAAGAGUACCGCAAGGAGGGCAUCAAAUGGGAGUUCAUCGACUUUGGACUUGACCUUCAGUCGUCCAUCGAUCUCAUUGAGAAGCCCAUGGGAGUUAUGGCUCUGCUGGACGAGGAGUGCCUCUUCCCGAAGGGCAGCGACAAGAGCUACCUCGAGAAGCUGAACAAGACGCACGCCGACAAGUCCCCCAACUUCCUGAAGGCCGAGAGGAGCAGGGCGCAAAUGGCCGAGUUUGAGAUCGUACACUAUGCUGGCACUGUGUGCUACACGGUGACGGGCUGGCUCAACAAGAACAAGGACCCCCUCAACGACUCUGUGGUGGACCUCCUCAAGAAAUCCACCGACCCCUUCAUCUCUGGUCUGUGGGCCGAUUACUCCCUGGAUGGAGAGAGAACCCGGGGCAAGAAGGGGUCGCAGUUCGUGACCGUUGGGCAAGUCCACAAGCAAUCUCUUCAUUACCUCCUGACCACACUUCGCAACACCACGCCCAACUUUGUCCGCUGCAUCAUCCCCAACGAGCUAAAGAAAGCCGGGAUGAUGGACGCUCAUCUGGUCCUCCACCAGCUGCGGUGCAAUGGAGUUCUCGAGGGUAUCCGCAUCUGCAGAAAGGGUUUCCCCAACCGACUCUUUUAUGCCGAGUUCAGGCAGAGGUAUGCCAUCUUAGCUCCCAAGGCUAUCCCAGCCGGCUUCAUGGACGGCAGGAAAGCAUGCGAGCUGCUCCUUGAAGCCCUUCAGCUGGAGAACAAUGAAUUCCGUCUUGGAAACAGCAAAGUGUUCUUCAGAGCUGGGGUGCUGGGUAGGCUCGAGGAACAGAGAGAUGUGCAGAUGGGCAUUGUGCUCACCGCGUACCAAUCCCGCUGUCGAGGCUACCUCAUGAGGAAGCUUUACAGAAAAUUGAUAGACCAGAGGCUGGCCAUUGCUGUACUGCAGCGCAACAUCCGCAAGUACCUGUUCCUCAGAGACUGGAAGUGGUGGAAGCUCUACACCAAGGUAAAGCCACUCCUGAAUGUGGCUCGCACAGAGGACGAGCUCCGGCAGAAGGAGGAGGAGCUGAACAAGCUGAGGGAGAAGGUCCAGAGGGACGAGGUAAACCGGAAGGAGAUCGAGGAGCAACAGACGCAACUCAUGGAGGAGAAGAACAACCUCUUCAUACAACUACAGAGGGAGCAAGAGCAGUGUGCAGAGGCUGAGGAGAACGUGCAGAGGCUCAUGGCAAAGAAAGUCGAUAUCGAGGCCAACCUCCAGGAGAUGGUGGAGCGUCUCGACGAGGAAGUCGACAACAACGCAAACAUCUCGGCAGGCAAACGCAAGUUGGAGGCUCAGCUGGAGCACAUCCAGCAGGACUUAGAGGACGCUCAGGCCCAACUGGAUGCCGUAGAGCAGGAGAAGGCUCAGAAAGAGAAGGACUGUAUGAGUCUUGAGGCAGAGAUAGAGAAAAUGAACGACAGCCUCACCCGUGUCAACAAGGAUAAGAAAGGACUCGAGGAGCGACUUGCAGAAGUGACAGCGAGCCUCCAAGCUGAAGAAGACAAGGCUAAUCGCCUCAACAAGUUGAAGAACAAACUGGAGGGACAGGUGCAGGAAACGCACGAUGAGCUGGAGAAGGAGAAGAGAGAGAAGGCAGAGGUGGAAAAGGUUCGCAGGAAGCUGGAAGGAGACCUGAAAACAACCCAGGAGCAAGUUGACAACAUCACCCAUGCCAAGGAAGAGCUAGAGAGGACUCUCUCUGGUAAAGAGAACGAGAUAUUAAGCCUGCAGCAAAAGGGCGAAGAUGAUGCCAACGAAAUUGCCUCCCUACAACGCCGCAUUCGAGAACUGGAGGCCAAGGUCCAAGAGCUCGAUGAAGACUUGGAGAACGAGAAGAGACUGCGCCAGAGAGUUGAGAAGCAAAAGAAUGAGUUGCUCAAGGACCUCGAGCAGCUGCAAGACAGGAUAGAGGAGACGGGAGGGGUGGCAAUGGCGCAGACUGAGCUGAGCAAGAAGAGGGAGGCAGAGCUGCAGAAGAUGCAGGGCAACGCCCAGGCCCAGGCCGAGGAACACGACCGCACUGUGGCGGACAUGAGAAAGAAACACCAGCAGUCUGUGAAUGAACUGCAAGAGCAGUUGGAUACGACCCGGAAGGCCAAGUCAAGGCUGGAAAAGGAGCGUUCUUCCCUGACCAACGAAGUCGGUGAUCUUACUUCCUCGCUGGAGGACUUCCAGAAAGCCAAGAGCAACACUGACAAGCGUCUCCGCUCUGUGGAAGAGCAACUAAAUGAAGCGACGGCUAAAGUGAACGACUAUGAAGCGAGCCUUGCUGCACUCCAGUCAGCGCAGGCCAAGGCCACGUCUGAGAAUUCUGAGCUAUCAUCUCAGCUAUCUGAGGCUGAGAGCAAGCUCAGCGCUCUGACAAAAGCAAAGACUGCCCUUGAGGCCCAAGUUGAAGAUCUCCAAUCUGAGCUCCAGUCAGAGACAAGUGCCAAGCAGGAUGCGCAGUCAAAGCUGCGUAAUAUGACCACAGAACUCUCCAGCACCCAAGAGUCACUGGAGGAGGAGCAGGAGGCAAAGGCAGCUCUGCAGAAACAGCUGAUGGCGGCCAAGAACGAUGCCAAUACUUGGAAGAACAAGUUUGAGACGGAGGCUACCCCCAAGAUCGAGGAGCUGGAAGACUCCAAACAUAAGCUGGCAGCAAAGGUGAAGGAAACAGAAGAAGCUCUGGAGAAUCUGCAGAACAAGUACUCCUCCCUUGACAAGACCAGACAACACAUUGCUGCUGAACUCGAGGACUUGAACCUUGACAUAGAAAAGGAGCGAAACCAGGCAGCCAACCUGGAGAAGAAGCAGAAGCAGAUCGACAAGCAGAUCACCGAGUCGAAGUCUCGCUACGAGCAGAAGGAGGCAGAGUGUGAUCAGGCAGCCCGCGAGGCCCGGCAGUACAACACUGAGUUGCUCAAACUGAGGGCAGAGUUUGAUGAGCAGAGAGAGCAGUUUGAAGCUGCCAAAGAAAGACAGCCGUCGACUUGCCCAGGAGGUGAGCGACAUGGAGAAGCAGCUCUCAGAGGGAGGUGUCUCUGUCCACGAGCUGGAGAAGCAGAAGAAGAAGCUGGAACAGGAGAAAGAAGAGCUCACUGAGAGCCUCGAGGAAGCUGAGGGACAACUAGAGGCCGAAGAGGCUAAAGUGUUGAGGUACCAGCUGGAGUUGAGUCAGUUGAAGCAAGAGGUUGAGAGGAGGCUGACUGAAAAGGAUGAAGAAGGAGAGGCCAUGAGGAAGAACCACCAACGCCAGCUGGAGGGCCUGAAGCACACUGUGGAGGAAGAGAUGAAGGGGAAGGCCGAGCAAACUCGCCAGAAGAAGGCAAUGGAAGAGCAACUCAAUGAACUCCAGAGCACCAUCGACGAUGCACGCAAGGCUGCUAAUGAUUUGGCCAAGAAGAACAAGAGCCUCACGCAGCAGCUUAAGGAGGUGAAUGCCCUCUACGAGGACGAGCAGCGUACGAGGGACGAACAGCAUCAGUUGGCCACAAAGGCGGAAAAGAGAGCCAAUGAUCUGCAACUGGAAGUCGAGGAAAUCAAAGCUCAACUGGAGCAGCUCCAGCGUUCCCUGCGCACCUGCGAUGCCGAGAAGACCGAGGCCCAGGAGAGGGUGACAGAGCUAUCCACUUCAAACACUUCUCUACAGAGCGCUAAACGCAAGGCCGAGCAACAGCUCGCCACACUGCAGGAGGAGAAUGAGGAUAUGGAGACCGAGUUGCGCGAUACGUCAGAGAAGCUGAGGAAAACCAUGGAGCAGCAGGCCCGCCAGCAGAGUGACUACAUGACCACCAAAGAACAGCUCAACUCCACCGAGAAGGCAAAGUCUGCUUUGGAAAUCCAAGUGAAAGACCUCACCACUCAACUGGAGGAAGGCCUAGCCAACUCUGUUAAGAAUGCCAAGAGAGAGAUAGUCAAACUACAGGCCAGGGUGAGGCUCUUUCAUGCCCCACCAAGACAGAACAAUUCCAUGUCGUGUGUAUACAUCUAGACCCAAGAGCUGGAGGGUGAACUUGAGACUGAGACCAAAGCGAGGAGUGACACACAGAAAAAUUACAAAAAAGCCGACCGUCGCACCAAGGAGACGGUAAUGCUGCUUGAUGAGGAAAAAUCCAACUGCCAGCGCUUCCAAGACCAGGUGAAUGCCCUGAACAGUAAGGUGCGGUCCCUGAAGCGUGACAAGGAGGAAGUGGAGGGAGAACUGGAGACCAGCAAGUCUCGCAUGAGGAUGCUGAAGUCUCAGCUUGAGGAGGCAGAGGAGACUUCUUCCAGUCUCCAGACCCAGAUUAUCAAACUCAGGACUGCCAACAGAAGGAAGAUGGCAACUCCAGAUGUAGACGAGGAAACUAAAUGACUGUUUGACAAAAAACCAAUGAAAUCUUAGUAAAUCAGAAUCAACUAGCUCUUCACGUAGACAUAGAAAUUAGAAAUUAUUAUCCCCGAUUUGUAAUAGACUGCAAUUGAUGGAGAUUUGUACGAACAUGCCAACCAACGUAACGCCGCCGUUCUUCAAAAGAUCUAUCAUCUCGCCCGAAAAGAUACAAAGCUACAGCAGUUUUGAAAAGUGAUCUGAUUUAAAAAGUAGUUUGCUUGUGCUUACAAAGAGUAAGACAAGUCAGCUCCUACUAGUAUGUAACCCUCUUCGAUAGUGAUGGUUGUGUCUGUGGCUGCUAGGCCACUGCGAGAUGGAAUUGCUAGCCCGGCAUUCAGGAUCCGGUUGAUGUGAGGGAUGGCCAUAAACUGUACCAUGGUGUGUAGGAGUUCUUGAAAGGGUGUUGGGUCUAUUUCUCCUAUAACGGAAUCGAUAUUUGAUAUUUCGGUUGUGAACGAUGUGAUAUCCCCAGCAAUAACCUGUCCACUGGAUCUGGUCUGAAUCUCAAACUCAACAUCACACUGCACUGACACUGUCAGUGAGAAGGCUAGCUGAGGGGUCACACCAGACUCUACAACCAAGAUACUAGCCUCUGCCUCCCCAACAAUUCUGGCUUGGCCCCGAGACAG